AGUGUGGGUGGCGUGUGGGCACUGGGCUGCGGAUUCUGGUGUAAAACCUCCACUGUCCUUGUGUUUCCUUUGGUUUGCUUCUAACAGGGUUUUGAAAGGGUAUUUUUGAGUAUGUUCAGACUGGAAAUAAGGGUGUUUCUGUUUGUAUUGUUCACCUGACAAAAGACUCUUGUGUCUUGCACAGUACGUUGCAAAGCCUUUUCCAAACUUUAAAUUCUAGGGAGCAGGAGGGGUCUCGGCAUGACUCAGUAAUGUAGAGUUUGGGGCAGAGAAGGCAAUCCGCGCGUGGUGGAAUAGGCUGGGUGCGAAUAUAAUCCCCUCUCAGCCUUGGCUUGGUCUGCUGACCCACGCGUACACACAGGUGUUCACAAACAAUUGCUGUUUGUGUUCGUGAACACAGAGCGCAGCAUUGCCGGAUUUGUGAAUGGCUUGUGAAGGAUGGAUUCGAGCUGGCUGUGCUGUUUCCUAGUGUUGGGAAAAUAUAACAAUUUGGAGCAGGGAGAUAAGGAAAGUGACAACAAGUGUGACAUCUGGAGUCACAGUCCUCUGGUUCUGUGCUCUGCAAAUAAAAACCUAGGGUUUGUUGGUUUGCUCAGAUGGUCACGAAAUAGUUUGUUGUUUUCUAGGAAAGGACCGUAGAAAUCUUUCCAAGCUUCUGUUGUUAGAAGCAUGGUGGUUUGUGUUUUGGUACAGAAUUUAAAACAGGAGUCUAGUCAUGAAGGUAUUACGUUGUCUGCAAACUGGGUGCAUCUUUGAAGGCAGACGUGCUUAUUAGCUGGAAAGACAAAGCAGGAGAACCAAAUGUUUCCAUUUUCCUGUUGGAAAUACCGUCUUUAAGAAUUAUAAAGUCGGUAUUAAUGAGGACUAAUUGGUAAUUUGGGCCUUCAGUGUAAAACUGGUAAAUGGUUUUUGAAGUGGUGAUUGGUGGGUGUUUGCUUGCCAAGGCCUCACAGGACGGAGCUGUAUGAGGACUCACCGUCGGGAUGCUGGCCCAUCGUGUAUUCCCCAGACUACAACAUCACCUUCAUGGGACUUGAGAAGCUGCACCCCUUUGAUGCAGGGAAAUGGGGGAAAGUCAUCAAUUUCUUGAAAGAAGAAAAACUAAUUGCAGAUGACUUGAUUGUGCAGGCACGGGAGGCAACUGAUGAAGAUCUCUUGGUUGUUCACACCAGGCGCUACCUUAAUAAAUUAAAGUGGUCAUUUGUUGUGGCUACAAUCACAGAAAUUCCACCAGUUGCCUUUCUUCCAAAUUUUGUUGUUCAGCGAAAAGUUCUGAAACCUCUACGAACGCAGACAGGAGGAACGAUAAUGGCAGGAAAGCUUGCUGUGGAUAGAGGAUGGGCCAUCAAUGUGGGGGGUGGUUUCCAUCACUGCUCCAGUGACAAAGGGGGAGGAUUUUGUGCAUAUGCUGAUAUUACACUGGCCAUCAAGUUCUUAUUUGAGAGAGUACAAGGAGUAUCUAGAGCCGCAAUUAUUGAUCUGGAUGCCCAUCAGGGAAAUGGCCAUGAGAGGGACUUUAUGGAUGAUCCUCGGGUUUAUAUUAUGGAUGCAUACAAUAGAUAUAUUUACCCAGGAGAUGGUUUUGCUAAACGUGCCAUAAAACGCAAAGUGGAACUGGAGUGGGGCACAGAGGACACCGAGUACCUGCAGAAGGUGCACACCCAUGUGGAAGGAGCCCUGAAUGAAUUCAAGCCUGACAUCGUUGUUUACAAUGCUGGCACUGACAUUCUGGAUGGGGAUCCCCUGGGAGGCCUGGCCAUUUCCCCCCAGGGCAUUGUGAAGAGGGAUGAGGUGGUGUUCAGGGCUGCCAGGAGCCGUGGAAUCCCUGUGCUGAUGGUGACAUCCGGGGGGUACCAGAAGAGGACAGCACGGAUCAUUGCUGACUCCAUCCUCAACCUGCAUAGCCUGGGGCUCCUGGGCAGGGAGCAGGCAGCCUGUGCACUUGGGAGUCCCAGCCUGGAUCAGAUGGUCAGAGACUCUGCUAAGGACUUCAGCAACUUGUCACUGCAGUGACAGGUCACCAAAUGUUAGUCAUGUAACUCAGAGGCAAUACAGAAUAACUCUAACUCCUGAAUUUAUCUCGAGCUAGGGCAACACAUCCUUUUAAGGUAAUUGAGAUAUGUACUCAAGGGUACUGUCUUUAUGUUUAAUACUGCUGUAGAAAGCUUAAUUUGCUUCUGUGAUUGGUAUGGGGGUCUGUUAUGUUGGAAGAACUAUUCAGCUGGUAUCCGAAGACUGUCCCAGACCUGUUUCAGAUGGUGGAGAAUGGUCUGAGGUGGGAGGACUAUGGACUAAAGCUACUGUUUUGUGAGGUUUUUUUAAAUGCUGUGUUUUAUUUAUUGCUUUUUAAAUUGAGAUACUGUUAUACAACAAGUUCUGUGCAGACUUCAGCUGUCAGUUUAACACUAAAGGGAAGUGCAAUACUGUAAAAGCCAGGGCAGUUGUUUAUGGCUUUGAAACCAUAGACAGGUAGAAGAAAUGUUUGUAAAUUCGUAGUUCAUUCCUGUUGUUGAUAGUGACUUAAAUCUUUCUCAUAAACACCUUACGAAAUAGGUUUGGCUCCAUAUGCAAAUGAGCCGUAAGAGGCUCACCAUUUACUAGUAUGGUGUUCCAAACAAGCUCUGCAUGUGACGGGCAAUAGGUUCUGUGCACUGUAAUAACUCACAGAUGGAGAAACUACAGUCCAAUGAAAGCUGAUCUUAGAGUUCUCAGCAACCUUACAAAAAAAACUACGUGGAAAUAUAGGUUGUCUUAUUAUUUCCAGCUUGCCAUGUAUGAAACGGGAGUAUAUUUAAAUGGUUGUUCCCCAACUAGUGCUGUGUUUUUUAUUUGCUCAGAGAGUAAUGGUAUUUCUAAUUGUAGUCAUAGUUGGUAAGCAGAUCCUUCAUUAUUCUUGUUCAUCAAGAAAUGCAGUGACAUUCCUACAAUAAAAUAAUUUGCUAACUUUAUACAGAGCUUUUAGGAGGAUUUGGGAACAAAAUAGUGUAUUCAAAGCAACUUGCUUCAAAUUCAGUUGCACUACCUGGGAACUUCGGCUUUGCACAAGUUGGUAUAUUUUGCAUUAGGUGCUGUUUGUAGCAGUGGGUUGUAAAUGUGCUAAACUGUAUAUUUUGCAAGAGCUUUUAUAACUUUCACUGAUUUGUACUACAAGUUUUACAUCAUGUUUAGUUUGGAGCCAUCCUGUGAGGGCGCACCAGGAUUUUCCUUGUAGUAGAGUUGUUGUGUAAGCUAUUUAAGGAAUGUUCAAUUCUAAUUAUAAUACUUACCUCAUUUAGUGUUCAUGUUUAGAUCGUGGGUUUGUCAAUUGUAGGAAUUGCGCAACUGCUAUAAAUACAUGUUUUAAACCAGAUCUGACCUAUUGCACUAAGCUUGAGUUGCUACACUGGGGUUCGAGAGCACUUUUAAAUUUCUUACUAAAAGGACCAUCAGAGUACGACUAAUGUUGAGAUUUAUUUUUUCUAUACUGUCUGACAUUACUGAAAGAUGUUGUUAUUCUUUCAUAUAAUUUUUAUAAAACUCUAGAUUACAUUUCUAUUAAUUAAACGGCCGUCAUAGCACCACAUGGUCUUUCUGCAAACAUUUGCUGUUUGUGUUAACCUAUUUCUAUAAUUUUCCCUCAGUGGAGAUUAAAAUGAUGUUGAACAAUGC